AUGUGUCUUGGAAUCCCUGACCCAGUUCCGAGGACGGGAGCGGGGGUAGAAGCGACAGGCGGCCCCCUCUUCUCUCAUCAGAACCUUAAGGAGACUUCUGGGAUGAGCGGCACUUCCCCAAAACUGACUCAUGGACAUUCAACAUCAUGAGAAUGGGGCAAGAGGGCAAAGAAGAAAACAGCCUCAUACCACGGUGCAGAGGCUCCUGAGCUGGGGGCUGCCAGUCUCCUGCAGCCGGUUCCUGUGGCGCCAGCCGGGCGAGUUUCCUGUCACUGCUUUCCUGCUAGGGGCAGGCGCUGGGGGGCUCCUGGCCAUAGGUCUCUUUCAGCUCCUGGUGAACCCCAUGAACAUCUAUGAAGAGCAGAAGAUGAUGUUUUUGUACAGCUUGGUGGGCUUGGGGGCCAUGGGCUGGGGGACCUCCCCUCACAUCCGCUGUGCCAGCCUCCUGCUAGUACCCAAGAUGCUGGGCAAGGAAGGCAGGCUCUUUGUCUUGGGAUACGCCUUGGCUGCCAUCUAUAUGGGGCCAGUGGCCAACCUCCGGCACAAUCUCAACGACGUGAUCGCAUCGCUGGGCUGCACCGUGGAGCUGCAGAUCAACAACACCCGAGCAGCUUGGCGUGUCUCCACAGCCCCCCUACGGGCCGUGUUCAAGGACCUGCUGAGCAGCAAAGAAUUGCUGAGAGCUGAGACUCAGAACAUCUCCACCACAUUCAAGGACUUGGAUGCCCAGGUAAAUAGCGAGACAGGCUACACGCCUGAGGAGGCUGUGGAGUCAGGACAGACAGCCCAGGGCAGGGAGGCCCGCCAAGCCCCAGCCUCCAGACUCCACCUGUCAACACAGAAGAUGUAUGAGCUGAAGACCAAGCUGCGCUGCUCCUAUGUGGUGAGCCAGGCCAUUCUCAGCUGCCAUCGCUGGUUUGACCGCAAGCAUGAACAGUGCAUGAAGCACAUCUGGGUCCCGCUCCUCAGCCACCUGCUCUGCCUGCCUAUGAAGUUCAAGUUCUUCUGUGGCAUUGCCAAGGUGAUGGAGGUUUGGUGCCGCAAUCGCAUCCCAGUGGAGGGCAACUUUGGGCAGACCUAUGACUCCCUCAACCGGUCUAUUCAUGGCCUGGAUGGGGAAUUUUCAGCCAAUAUUGACCUCAAGGUAGGAGGCAAGCUGGGGUGCUGGGGGACAGAUAACCGUCUGAAAAGCCCUGCAGGAAGACCUGGAACUGGCGGUGGUGGCACGAUGGCCUCAGGCCAGAGGAGAGCAGGGGGAUCAGAAGCCCUGACUGCACCUCCCACUGGGAUGGGAAGUCCAACCCAGGGCUGCCCUGCCUCUGGUCUGGCCCUGACCAGACCCCUGGCCUGCCUUCCCCUAGCCUGCCUGCCCCAGCCUGUGGGCCUGGAUGCCAGGGCCUACUGGAGAGCUGCGCUACCGAUCGUCCUGCUGGUGUGGCUCAGCCUGUUACAGGCUUUUGGGUACCGGCUCCGGAGGGUCAUCGCAGCCUUCUACUUCCCCAAGCGAGAGAAGAAGCGGAUCCUGUUCCUUUACAAUGAGCUAUUGAAGAAGAGAGCAGCCUUCACCAAACUCAGAAGGGCCGCCAUCCUGAGGCGGGCACGACAGCAGAAGGCUCCACGCCAUCCGCUGGCGGAUAUCCUGCACCGCCAAUGCCCGCUCCUGCGCCGCUGGCUGCGCCGGCGCUGCGUGGUAUGCCAGGCGCCCGAGACACCCGAGUCCUACGUGUGCCCGACGCUGGACUGCCAGGCCGUGUACUGCUGGUCGUGCUGGGGUGACAUGCGGCAGCGGUGCCCGGUCUGCACGCCCCGCGAGGAGCUCUCCUCCUCCGCCUUUAGUGACAGCGACGACGACACUGCCUACGCGAGGUGAAGAGGCGUCCUGCUCGCUCUCCCGCCCCGUCCUUCCCUGUUAAUAAAAUGCUCUGUACGCUUCA